UCCUGCUCCCUCUUCGCCGUCCAUCUGCAACGCAACGCAGCGCCCUCACCCGCCCCAUCCGUGCAAAUGUCUGGCUGCGUGGACCUGCAGAACACCUACUACUGCCCCGAGUUUGCCGGCAACUUUGUCCGUGCCAACUCGACGCAGGAUGUUGACAACAACAUCGCCCAGCUCAUCGGCGGUUCCUGGCAGGGCUCCGUCCAGUCCCAGCUUUCGUGCCCCAACUUCAACGAGACCACCGUCCGCUACAGACUGGCCGUCGUCUGCGGUAUCUACGCCGAUGUGUACACCAACUCUGACCCCAACAGCGGUGUCAACUGCCCCGAGAACGCCCAGAAGUCUGCUGGCACCCGCCAGCUGUGCUCCUCGGCCCUGCAGGCAUACAUGAGCACACUCGCGGUCCAGUACAAUACAUGCGACCCCAACAACGGCGUCGAUCUGCGAAACCAGGACUGGGGCACCCUGACCCAUCUGCAGUCUGACCUGCCUGCCACCGACUCGGCCAACUGUGUCUCGACCAUGGCGCUGGAGCGUGCUCUCGGUGCCGGAUGCGGCUUCCACACCUCCGACGCUUUCCAUGCCUAUUGUGCCUCCAAUAGCACCGACUCGUGCUGCACCACCGACGCCGCCAAUGCCACCUCCGCCACCUCUGCUCUGCCCUCGACGACCUCAUCCAUCUCCAUCGUUCCUCGGAUCAGCCCCGACGCUCCCACCACCCGCUCCGCCCCGGUCCCUGUGACCACCCAGACCCCUGACUCGAGCAACAAUGGGCCCAACAUCCCGCUGAUUGCCGGUGGAGCCGCUGGUGGACUGGUCCUGCUUGUCGCCCUCGUCUUGGGCUUUGUGCUCGUCCGUAGGAGAAAGGCCCGCCAGGUCGAGGAGCAGUACCCCCACAACCCCGACAACUCUGACGGCUACGGUGCCACCCAAACCUUCUACGGCGGCCCGGCUACCACCUACGGCGCUGCCACGACGUACGGCGGCGCCAGCUACUCGGGCCAGACCAACGCCGCCGUCUACAACUACAUCCCCAACCUGUCGGACGAGAUUGCCAUUGAAUCUGGCGAUGUCAUUGUGAUCAAGGAAACCUAUGACGAUGGCUGGGCCUUUGGCUACAACACCCGAACAAAGAGCGAGGGCUGCUUCCCUCUGGCUUGCGUCGAGCCCAACACCGCUGGCGGUCCAUCCGAAGGCGCUCCUCAAACCAAGCAGAUCAAGCAGCGUGGGUCGUCGCUGUACACCCGCUACGUGCCCAAGUAGACCAGUCGGCGCGCAGCGAUGAUGGAACACAUGCAUCCCUCCAAUACCCUCACUCCUGCAGCACCCCCGGGCUCAAUUCAAAAAUCAGACAGGACACACCACUCCCACCCCCCAGCUCCGGCUUCAGCCUCGGCCUCAGCCUCAAUCCCUU